AUGGCUUCUAAAAGGCGCGCUUCAGCAAACAAAGGGAUGAGAGUAAAAAAUGAACACGAUGAUGCUGAAAUAAAUGCUAUGGCUCUCAAAUUGAAAGAAAAUUAUCAAAAAACUGCAACAGGUGCAGCAAAGCAACAGGCUGCUCCUCCGGCAAAUGUUAAUAUAAAGAGAACCGCUAGAGCAGUAGCAUUGGCUAAUGCACCAAUUACAACGGAUAACAGUCAAACAAAUCAAAACAAAUUACGUAAAGAUUGUGAAACUAUAGAAAGUAUUAAAGGUAGAUUUUCAUGGACAUUAAUUGAAGGACACCAUGUACCCUACAUCUUUAGAGUAAUCAAUGGUGAACAGUUAAAGUUUGUAUCUGUACGUAUGGCAGAACAACAGCUACUCAGCAACUAUUUACGUUAUUUACAUGCAGAUAUUUAUAAAUGCACAUAUGUAAAAAGCCAUUUUAUCACUGAAUCUGAAGCUAGAGUAUUGAAUGAUAUCAACCAAAUGCAUUCCAACGGUGAUUACGGGAAAGAAGUGUUUUUUGCUGGAAAAGAUUAUAUUGUGGAUUUAGCAGAUCUUCUUGAAUUUUAUGCGUUCAUAGAAAUAUGUCAUAAAAAAUUACUGUGCAAUAUUACUCCAGGCCUCGAUGAGAAAUGUGGUUUUAUUCGCAUUAACUCUGAUUCUGUUGUGCCAUAUUGUAUUAAAGAUAACCAAAAAUAUGUCCCUCUCUUCUACUUUGAAGGCGAAACAGAUAACCUAAGACAACGAGCUGUACAAUUCGAAACUUGGAACUUAGCCUACCUCAAGUUUUGUUGUAAGGUUCAGGGUAUCAGAGAUGAGUUGUUUGCCAGUGAAUCAUGCAAAGUAACCACUCUUGAUGAAAUUAAAAAAUAUUUUCCACCGGCAACUUAUUUUGAGGAAUAUUGGCCAGCUAAGGUGGUUGAUACAAACCUCCUAAUUAAUCAGAAGUCUAACCAUGUAAAUCCAUCUGGUGUCUGGAUUAGAGCACCUCCUGCAGUAGCACCUGCUGAAAAUACUAUUGCUCACACUGUAACGGCAUCAGCAACAUUACCUCCGAAUAUGCCAGCUAUGAUGAACACAUAUCAAAACGGAUGGCCAGCAAACCAAAUGGUUAAUUCAUAUAGCACUCAUGCUCAGCCGCCAUCGACUCGCGGCUAUUCUAUUGCAGCCAGAAAUAAAAGCAUAGCUGCCCAGUCCUAUAAUGCGGGUUCAACGAUGUCUCAAGGCAGCAGUUUGGUAUACAGUGGGGGUAAUGUUGUACCACCACCGCAUUUAGUCCUUGCAGGCAAUAUGACGCCAAUAAUUAGUCAUACCGUAUCAUACUCCAACGCUGUACCUAUUAGCCAAUGCAUAACGACUAUGUACAAUACAAUGACAAAUGGUAAUGUAAUGUCACAUUCCAGUCAAAUGAGACAAUUCUACACUCAACAUUCUAACAAUAGUCAAGCCCAACAACAACAAUUGCAGCAACAACAGCAGAUACAACAGCAACAACAAAUAAUUACUACUCCUCAAACUCAGCAGUCAAAUAGUGGCAAAUCUGUGCAUGGUCGUUUAACCAACACACAACAACGCAACGCAAUAAAGAAUGCUGGGCCUGUUGCAAAUGCUCCACCCAUUGAAAUCAUUGACUUAUUGUCCCCACCGUCCAGCCCUGUUCCUCCAGCUGUGCAGGAGAAUUCCUUUCGUCCUAAUUUUGCAUUGGAAAUUAGGAGAAUACCGGAACGGGUGUGGGAACCUGACACAGCUAAUAAUGUUGCAUACAAGGUCCAACAGGCACCACUUGAAGGGAGAAUGAUCACUUGCAUAAACUCAAAACCAUACAUCUAUUCGGAUCUGUUGGUGACAUUAAGCGAUUUAGUCCAGUUAUUGUUGCCUUCGUGCACAGUCGAUAGAUGCGCUUUCAUCAUAUACAAAUACUUUAACGCGACACUAUUCACUGGAAAUUCCGAGCAGUUGGCCCUUUUGGGGGAAACUGGAAGCCUCAGGCCGAUGUACCCGUCUACAACACCCAUGGCCAUGCUACUGGAUGUCGUGCAGAUUUUUCCGCUAUUAAAGGCACAUGUGUUAAAGCAAGACGAACGAAGAAAACGAUACCACAGUGGUCCGGCCAAAAGACAACGUCCCAGCUAG